AUGGCAAAGCUCGCAACACGGCAAAUCUACGGCCCCGGCCGCGCCGUCGAUGACCCCGUAUCCUCUGUCCCCGCUCAAACCUUCUCCGAAGUGCCGGAUGGGAUCCUGGACCUCCUCAUCCUCCAUCUGCCGUACUCGUUGAGUCUCGUACGCCGCCUCCAGUACACGGCUGCUUCUCCCACUGGCAAAACGCCCAGUGCUCGCAUCGUCGUGGCCUCUGACAGUCCGCCAGCAGAGCCCACAAGGCAUGAUGCCGGCUUCGAUGUCACAGCCCGCCAUUUCACCGUCUCCUACUUCGACCCAUCCCGCGGCCCUGAAACCCAGACUUGGAUUUACUCGACGCUCGAAGACGCCCACGCCCGCGACUCAUCCGUCGUCCUGGCCCAAGACGAGACGGCGCACUGCGAGAAGCAGAUCAUGGCCGUUGUGUCCGAGGUCAAGCGUAUCGCUCGCGAAUACGAUGCAGUGGAGCCCCUCGCCUUCCCUCGCCAGGUCAUUGUCGGCACCCUCCAUCAUGCCGUACGCGCCGUCAUGCGCAAGCACGAUGUUUCCCUGACCCAUCGCCACGAUUACCAGAAGAUCAUCUUUCCGUUCGAUAAGCUGCCCUCGGCUGAUGCAGCGCUGCCCGCGGGCCUGAGCUUCGAGACCACAACGCUGGAGGAUUGUCACAUCGUCAAGUCACGGACGGACAUUCCGCGCAAAGUAACGACCUUGUUCACGUUACCGAGCAUAACCAUCAAGCAAGCAGACGGGACGCCCGUCGCAUGGGCCUUUUUAGGUAUGACGCUCCUUGGGAUAGAGGAGAAUGGUUCUUAG